AUGGAUAAAGGAACGGGACUGCGUCCUGUGGUUUUGAUUUUUGCUCUUGUGAUCGGGGACAGUCUGAAGGUGGCUCCAGCCAUUCCCAAGUCAGCGGUGUCUGAGGGAGAAUCAGUGGAACUCCAAUGCAACACAACACGGGGCUUUGCAGAGCACACCUUCCUCUCCGUUACCUGGUCCAUCAGGAAAGGGAGCAGCCCGUUGGAGGAAAUCUUGACAUUUGGGCCGGAUAAUAAGAUCAAAGUAGGACGCCACUACACUCAGCGUUACACAGAUGGUGGACUUCAGUUGGACCUUCGUGGAGGUGGUUUUUAUGGAUUGGUCCUGAAAAGAGCAAAGCCGUCAGACCAAGGGAAGUAUGUGUGUAUGGCCCAAGAGUGGGUGAGGCAGGGUGAAGAAGGAAGAAACUGGCGUAAGAUUCUUGAGAAGUCUGAGGAAAUGGGAGAGGUUUUAGUUACACCCACAGAGCUGCAAUUCAAGGUGACCCUUACAGCCUCUCUGAACCCUCAGUCCACUAGCGAGCCCACUGAACUGCGCUGUGAGGUGCUCAACCUCCUCCACCUCCAAGAUGGCCGCCUGGGCGUGACCUGGUCUUACUCUACAAACACACCUGGAGAUGUAUCUCAGAAGAAAAUCACUAUAGCCUCUGUGAAUGAGCAAGGAGCUCUUAUUGCAAGCAGUGAGUACCAGCAGAGGCUGGACAGUGGGGACAUAGCAGUGACCAGGAGAGAGUCUAACAUCUUCGUCCUGCGAAUGCUUCAGACUCGAGAUGCAGACAUGGGCUCUUAUUCCUGUGCAGUAACAGCAUGGAAGCCUGCUUCGCAAAGUGGAUGGGAAAAAGCAAAGGAGGUCCAGUCAGCGCCUGUCACUGUUCAGUGGACACCAAAGAUACCAGUUUUGCGAGUAGCAGCCCAUCGUGUGAGAGAAGCCUCGACUGGUGGAUCCACAUUUGAGAUGAGCUGUCAGCUGACUGGUCAGAACCUGAAGAAUCCCGGCUACUCUGUGCUCAUUCGCUUUGAGGAGAUCUUGGGAGGCAAGUCCCGCAAAGUGUUGUCUCUUAGCCAAGACUCAGUCUUGCAGCUAGAGGAGUGGAGCGAGCCGAGCCGCAUUGACAGCGUGGUUCUGGAGAAGACCGGGCAACUCGAGUACCGCUUCCGUUUGUAUGGGGCCCAGGUCACAGAUCGGGGGUUCUAUUAUUGCGACGUCACGGCCUGGACACGGGAUCAGACCCAAGACUGGAUCAAAGCCAUCAGUACGGAGUCCAACAAGAUUCAGAUCGACUUUGUACACACAGGUCCAGUAUUCAACAUAUCCAUUCAUUCAGAAGCAAACAAUGUGUUACCGGGGGACACAGUCCAAAUGAAGUGCGUCAUAUCCGUCCUGGAUGCUUCUCCUAACACUGGUGAUAUGGCGUUUAACGUGCGCUGGUUCCAGAACACAGACCGGGCUGUAAAUAAUGGAGUCCAACCUCUCAUCAGUAUGGACCGCUGGGGAGUGGUAAAGAAGACCGGCUCCAAUGACACCAGUCUGGAGCGCACCGACAUGCACACGUUUAUCCUCAGCUUGCACAAGAUUCAGGAUAGAGAUGUGGGAGAAUACUACUGUUCUGCCACACCCUGGCUCCUGUCCCCCGCUACUGGAGCCUGGAACAAAGAGAAGGACCUCAUCUCCACUUCAUCAUUUCUGUUUAUCAAAAUAGAAUUGUGGGAAUCUUUGAAGAUGCCGGUGGGAUACGGUUUGACUGCUGCUGUGAUCGCUGGUCUUCUCUCAGUGCUGCUGGGUCUUGCUGUCGCCCACUGCUGUUUCUCCAGGAACCCCAUGCACACGCCCCGUCCCCGUAACAAGCUUAUGGACCUGGAGAUGGAUUAAACCAGUCCCCCUUUGCACCACUGUGAUCCUGCCCAAAACCACUUCAACAUGACUUGAUGUAUUAUGCUUUAGGACAGAAUGUGGAUAUGCACAUUGCUUAACGAGAGAUGGAGAACCUGUUUAUAUGCACUCUGAGGAUUGAGCCACUCUAGCUGACUGCUCCAUAUUCCUGCUUGGGAGCAAUACACUUAUUACUCUCAGGAAUAGAGCACUGACAGCCCCAUCCAAUGUUCCCCC